GUCUCAAGGGUUCUUCUGCUGACCGACUUUCCAUUCCAUUGAUCAUUUGGCCACACGCUGGAGGAGAGCUGAAAGAAAGGGGCUGUAGGAAGGUAAUGAAACGCAUGUGAAACAUGAGGAGAGAAAUUGCAGCUGUGGUAUUCUUCCUGAAGAGGCUUGUAAUAAAGGGUGGGAAGUUGGAAACACACAAGAUCGAUCUGUUUGUUGAGAGGCUGGCUGUUGCACUGCAGGAGAAGUUCAAGGGGCACUGGUACCCUGGAAACCCCAGCAAAGGACAGGCAUACAGGUGCAUCAGAGUGAACCGGGUCCAGCGGCAGGAUCCAGAGCUCCUUCGGGCCUGCCGAGAAAGCGGGGUUCAGUACAGUGACCUGGCACUGUCCCGGGAACUCACAUUGUGGGUAGACCCUGGAGAGGUCUGUUGCAGGCACGGAGAGACAAACCCUUGGUUCUCAUUGGCCACUUUCUCUAAUGAUGAGGACGACAAAGAUGUUGCAAAGGUGACUCAGGCUUUGGAGAGGGUGACAUCAGACUACCACUCUGGAUCAUCCUCUGAUGAGGAGGCAACACGCACUUCCCCCCACACUGUGCACAACAGCCGCUCUGAUUACAAGGCAAUAAAUCCUACUGCUCCCUCGUGGCAUCCUAAGAAGAUGGUGCCAGGGAACGCUUACAUCCUUCCACAGCCUCACUACGGCUUCAGGCCCCAUAGCAGAGGGCCCCACACUCUAAUGCCUAAUAUGUGGGUCCCCCCUAGCUACACGUAUGGAAGAAGCACCAGGUACUGGGACGUCCUCCAAAAUUCGGCACAUGGUUACAAUUAGGAAUCAUGGUGCUUUUGGUUCACACAGACAUUAAAGCGGAAGACGACUUUAAAAUGACUGAAAAAUGUUUUUUUAACAUGAAUAUUUAUAGAUAUAUAUUGAUUGUUUUUGAUAAAAAAAUAUUUGUGCACUUUAGACAGUUUGUUAUACUUUAAAUUAAUCACCUGUAUAAAUUAGAUAUUGAAUUGGAAUACUACACAAUUUGAAGUACUGUAUUUUUACAAUGGGAAACGUUCAUGUAUAGCACCUACUUUGUCCUUUUUGUGAUUAUGUUUUAUUUAUUAAUAGUGCAGAUUUGUCAGAUGUAUAGACUUAUAUUUAUGGAGUUUUAUUAAACACAAUUUUGGAGUAUCAUGCUUUGUGCAUUGUGUUGGUGUUAACAAAAGGAUUAUACAAUCGUGUGAUUAAAUUCCUACAUUCAAGGGUAUUUUUUCCCCUCUAUUUGUCUAUUGGUAUGUAAAAAAAAAAAAAUUGAAUGAAAACAGAAUCAAACUGGGGACCUAAUGGUUAAAUGAGAUGUUAUGCUCAACAGAUCACUUUUCAUAUACAUUUAGUAUUCAUCUUUAGCUAAAUGGGUUUGUAUACGCAUUAUCUUUCAAGCAUAAUCAUAAAGUAGUUUGAGCAACACAAAUGCAAUUCUAUUCACUUUAUUGGGAGCCUUUGUUUUUUUACAUGUCUCAUAGCUACAGCAUAGUUUUGGCAA